AUGCCUUCUGAAUUAGAAGAACUCGUAGAAUUCUUGCACCACGACCGUGCCGAAAUCGUUCAAAUCGCCUUGGAUAAUCUUGUCGGAUACUCGACCGGUGCUCACCAACAAGUCUUCAGCUAUGAUGACUACACUGCGAUUAAAGAUCUCAAGGGAUUGGCUAGAUCUAAGGGUAGAACCACAGCAAACCAAGCUGUGACUAUUUUGGCUAACUUGUGUGACGACAUCAUCAUGCGUAACUUAAUAGUGGAGGAUUUGGACUUUUUACAGUACUUAGUCUCAUCCAUCAUAGACAUUACUAAUGCUAACGCUGACAUCAUGUGUAUUCUUCUUACCAACUUGGCUAAGAACGAUUCCAUCAACAAGAUAUUCGAUUUCAGUAUCAAACACACCACUGACGAGCAAAAGGCAAUCUUCAAGUCCGAAAAAGCAAUGGACUGUUUAAUGGACUGUUUCGUCAAAGGUUCAGACAGAACUCUUAACAAGUCCGCUGAGUUCGACUACUUGUCGUACUUCUUCGCAGACAUUUCAAGGUUCUUACAAGGUAGAGAGUACUUUAUUACUGAACAAGCUUACGAUGGGGUUGUCCCAAUCUCCAAACUUCUUGUUUUCACCGAAUUUUAUGAAUCAAAGAUUAGAAGAGAAGGUGUUUCGUCCACCAUCAAGAAUUCUCUCUUCGAUUCCAGCAAGCACUGGAAAUUAGUUACUGACCCUAAGAUUAACUUGUUGCCGUAUAUCUUGUUACCAAUCUCAGGUCCGGAAGAAAUCGACGACGACGACAUGUUCAACCUUCCAGAGGAAUUACAAUUACUUGGCGCUGACAAGAAGAGAGAUCCAAUCCAGUCCAUCAUCUGCACUCACUUGGAAUCCAUCUUGUUGCUCUGCACAACUAAAAAGUUGAGAGAAUACUUAAGAGAGAAGUCCGUGUAUGCCCUCAUUAAGACUCUACACAAUGCAUAUGACUCUGAAGAAAUUGUUGAGCUUUGUGAUAGAGUAGUUCAAUUAUUGAUGAGAGAUGAGGCACCAGAAGAUGCUGACGCCAUGGAAGAGGAUGAAAGUGACGAUGACGACGAUAAAAUUGUAGAAGUCUUGUAA